AAAGGUGUGCUACUUCAGUAUUGUUACCAUUUACCAAUCCAAUGUUUUUGGGAUAGAAAGUCUAAAUACACUGACAGAACAAAUGGAAAACAAGAAAAGAAAAAUGGAGAAUGCAAUCUGGAAUUUGGGUAAUCCUAAAAUGCAGCCAUGUGUGUGCAGAUACACAAUCCCAGAAGGACCUUCUCAUCCUAUGGACACGAUUUCUUAUGUUCUUCUUGCCAAGUAUCAUCUUUUCUUCUCUUCAAGCCACGUUUCAUUCCCUUAAUUCCCCCAAUUCUAAAUUAUUCUUCCAUUUUUAAUACCCCCCCCGCCACAAUAUAAUUCCUGAUAAUAAUCCCAAUUUUGAAAAGAAAAAAAUGUUGAAAUCUUGUUCAUCCAACAACAAGAACAACAAAAAGGCAUCCUCAAGAAAGGGUUGUAUGAGAGGAAAAGGAGGUCCUGAAAAUGCUUCAUGUACUUAUAAAGGUGUUCGUCAAAGAACUUGGGGCAAAUGGGUUGCUGAAAUUCGAGAACCAAAUCGUGGUGCUCGUCUUUGGCUUGGUACUUUUGAUACUUCCUAUGAUGCUGCUUUAGCUUACGACAAUGCUGCUCGUCGUCUUUAUGGCUCUGAUGCUAAACUCAAUCUCCCUCUAAUUUCUUCUUCUACUUCUGUUUCUGUGUCUUCUUCUUCUUCUACUACUUCUGAUAAUAACAACAACAAUAGUGUUGUUGCUACUGCUAGUACUUAUAAUAAUAAAGUCAAUCCUAUGGUGGAAGAUGUUGCAUCUUCUUCUUCCUCUAUUUCUAAUAACAAGAGAUUUAGGGAGGAUGAAGAGGAACAAAUUGGAGGGCUUUGGAGAGCUAUGAGUAUUAGUUUAGAUGAUUCCAUUUGGGUUGAAGCAGCCAUGUCUUUGGAUUUUCCACUUCUUAUGGAACAACAAACCUCUUUUUCUCCUAAUUUGGUUGAUACUAAUCCAAAUCCUGGAUGGGAUUCUUCAAUCCCAUGGUAUUAAAUUUGUAAUUCUAGUGUUGUAUUAUAUUGUUGUAAUUUUCUCUAGUGGGGUUGUAUUAUAUAGGGAUUUUAGAGGUCUCUCCUUUUUCUUCUUCUUCUUCUAUUCUUGUUGGUUUAGGGCGUUGUUUGGAUUGAUAAUAAUUAUCUUGUAAAUAAAUACAUAGAAUUAUUGUGUUUGGUGUACACAACAUAUUGUCAGUUUUUGGGUAUGUUGCAAAGACUGAUUGAUGUCAUAAUAUUUCAUACAAAAGUUGAUUGUAUAUUGCAAA